GAGGGGCACUUCCGGUGCGACACUUCCGGCGGCGGGAGCCAUGGGGAGCCGCGGGCAGGUUUUGAAGCUUUUUAAGUUGUUACACAGAACACGGCAAGAAGUUUUUAAAAAUGAUAACAAAGCCCUCGAAGCAGCAAGACAAAAGAUAAAUGAAGAAUUCAGAAAUAACCGAGACGAGGCAUCUGAAGAGAAGAUUAAUGAGCUUCUUAAAAUAGCUUCAGAUGUUGAAGUGAUUCUCAGAACUUCUGUUAUUCAGGCGGUUCACACAGAUUCUGACAAAAUAGUACUUGUACCCAGGAAAGAUCUGCUACAGGACAACGUUCCUUACUUAGAUAAACCAACAAAAAAGCAAGAAUCCUGAGUAAAUACUGCUACCACGAAAAAAGAGACUGAAAUCAAUUCACUGAUUUUAUUGAGUGCUGGAGUAUCAUCAUGCACUUAUUCAGUGGAAGAUAGUUAAUACUUUCACACUUACUUAAAAGUGUGAAAAAGUACACUUACUUAAAAGUACACUUACUAAUUGUGUUACUUCAGCCAGGAAUUUUUCUGAUUAUGACAGCUCUCAGACAGAGAUUGUUUCCUAACAAUGUCGAGUUUUUCAGAACUAAAAAUUAUAAAAAUUAGAGUCCUUAAUACUGAUAAUAUUUAUUGUCAAUCAUAAGCUUUUUUGAAGUAAUGAAAAACCAUCUUGUGGCAUUUAAUGUUGAAUUUAUGCUUUGCACCAAAAGCAUGAUUUCUGAAGUUGUCAUUAAUUGUACACUAGUAUGCUGUGAUGCUUGAGAGAGUUCUUAAAGGUUUAUCUGAAUAAAUUAUUUGUGUUUUACAGAUGGGA